UUUUCAAAAUAAAAAUAGUCAAAUUUUUUGAUGCGUCUGAUAACGCAUUUGGUAAAUGAACAGACGAGGUAUAUAGCCAUUUAUGACUGACUAUCCUGGAUUACCAUACAAAGAAUUGAUAAGAGAUGCUAUAAAAAAUGACUUAGAUACCCAAAUAAAGAAACGAAGGAGAUUGAAUAGUCCUGAGGUUAUCGAGAUUCAAGAUAGUACACCCUCAGCGGAACCAGAAUCAGACUCUGAUGACUUCGAAGACGUUGCUUUGAAUUUGACUACCGAGAUAGCGAGCGAACCCGACGAGAAGGAGCCGUUAAAAAUCACAUUGAACCCAAUUCAAAAUGAGAAGAGUCCUGUUAAAAGAGUCAUCUUCAUAUCCAAAGCAGAACGAGAAUACAGGAAACAAAUACAUAAACAAUCUAUAUUGCUACAGAUUAUUCACGGGGCUCUUCGGAAUAGGUGGUUAAACGAUUAUAGUACAGGUCAAGAACUAAAGAAGUUAAUACCCAGUACAGUCUUAACUCUUAUAGAUCAAGAUGCUUAUCCUGAUAAUGAUUUGGUGAAAUCCAGAAGAUUUCUAGAUGCACUUCAAAAGAUCUUAAAAAUAUACUCCAGCAAGUUUAGAACUAUCUCGCAAGGUUUAAUAAGGAAAGAGUGGGAUGAACUUUCUUUGAGCCAACCAAAUACCGAAAGUGUUAGCUUUGCGAAGUUUAAAAGAUUGGUUAAAAAUUAUAGAGGUUCUAGAGAUAUUGGUGCCCAAGGAUUUGUUUCUUUAUUGAGAUCAAUUGGCCUUAAUGCUAGAUUGAUAUUUUCGUUACAACCUCCAGAUUUUACUAAUAUCUCGUACUCUCCAGCGAAGGCCACCGCAGAUGAAGAAAACAUCCAAAAGGAUAAUAAAGACGCGAAAUCAACAAGCAACACGCGUAUACAGGGUAGUCAUAACAGCAAAUCCAGACUCUUGUUUCACAAUAGAUCUAAUUUUAAAAGCAUUACGCCACUGAACAAGUCUGAGGCCCGUUUUAUUGAUUCGAGUUUUCCUAUAUUUUGGGUUGAGGUGUGGAAUAAAUAUUCUCAAAAAUGGGUUAGUAUUGAUCCGGUUGUAAAUCAAAUACUAGAAUAUGUACUGCUUAGGUCAAAGUCAAAGUUUGAACCUCCACUAACAGAUACAAGAAAUCAAUUAACUUAUGUGAUAGCAUUUGAUAGACUUGGAGGUGUGAGAGAUGUCACACGUCGAUAUAGCAAACUUUUGAAUGCAAAAACCUCAAAAAAGAGAAUCGGUGCAGUUUCUGACAGUGAAAAGCAUUGGUAUGACAAGAUACUACGAUGUCUGUCUAGUAUGAUAAGGAGAAAUUUAAGUAAAUUGGAUAUUUUGGAGCUUAAAGAAUUCCAUAAUCGAGAUUUAGCUGAAGGAAUGCCUAACAAUUUAUCUGACUUCAAGAACCACCCGACUUAUGUUUUAGAAUCACAACUAAGAAAGAAUGAAAUACUUUACCCAAAAGAAGAGUGUGGAUCAUUCAGAACAGGGCGUGGAAAUAGCUCUCAGCCCGUUUACAAAAGAUCUAACGUGCAUCAACUAAAAUCGUCUCGUGCCUGGUAUAUGAGAGGUAGAAUUCUUCGAGUUGGAGAACAGCCUAUGAGAAUUAGACAAAAUCCCAAAUUGCCAGAUGAUGAAAACGAGGUACGUUUAUAUUGCGAAUUCCAAACUCAAUUAUACAACCCACCCAGGAUAGAAAAUGGAACUGUCCCCAAGAAUGCUUACGGAAAUAUAGAUGUUUAUGUUCCCAGUAUGUUGCCAGAGAAUGGAGUUUUACUAUCAAAUUUGGCAGAUUAUCCUAUCACAAUAAUGGAAAAGGCUGCAAAGCUUUUAAAUAUAGACUACGCUAAAGCAAUUGUUGCAUUCGACUUCUCUGGAAAGAAAAAAGUCCAUGGUGUUCCUAAGGUCAAGGAAGGUGGAAUUGUUAUUUAUGAAGGUUAUAAGGAGGCAAUGAUGUUAGCGUUAGAAGAACUAGCAGAAAAUGAAAGAGAUGAAUUAGUUGAAAAAGCUAAAAUGAACUCACUUAAUAACUGGAAGUUCUUCCUUUUAAGACUAAGAAUAUCCCAACGGUUAGACAAAAUGCAUGGGAAGGUGGAUGAAAUUGAUGAUAUCGAUGAAGUUGAUGAUGAUGAAGACGAUGAUGAGGAAGAGGAAGAAUAUGAAACCUAUGAAGAAGAGUAUGAUAAUGAUGACGAAGACGAAUACGAGAACGAAGACGAACAAUAUGCUUUGGAAGCAGCCAAGUCUUCGGCUGCAUACAAUUUAGAAAAUAUUCCAGAAAUUACGCACAUUGUGGCAGACAAUAAUAGAAGUGAAGAGGAUAAGGUUGAUCAUUCUAUAGAUAAUAUGUCUGUAGAUAUUUAUCAAGAUAAUGACAGCACUGAAGAUGAAGAUAGUAUGGGUGGAUUUCUACUCGAUGAUGAGACAAAUAGUAAUCAAGUUGUUCAAGUGGAUGCAAAGCUGGAAGAGGAAAGUGAGAUCGAAGACGAUUUGCCUGACGAACUUUUUACCGAAGACGAAGGCGGAGAGCUAGUGUAUGCUCCAAACCGGGACAAUUCAAAUGCUACAAACAGAGACGAUGUUCAUCCGAUUAUAGAGGUUGAUACCGCUGAAAAUUUUGAUUUUGAUUAUAGUGAGUCAGAUUAAGCUAUUGGAGCCACCACAUCGCUAGAGGUCAAAAUUUGUGUUUAUAGGCUGACUUUGUAGCAAAUAUAUAUUGCAUCAUUUCUUUUUCCGUUUCCUCUUUCAAUAUUGGCAGCGCAUUUUUAUGACUGCGCGAGGAAUGAAUA